GAGCGCCUGAAGCGGAAGGGCAAGAGCGACUCGCGGUGCCGGGAGAUCGUCGCGCGGCACCUGCCCCGGGGCACGGGUCCCAAGGACCGCCACGACGUGCACGCGUUCAGCGACAGCGAGGUCCGGGCGUGCCGCAAGCAGUACAACGACGAGCUGCACGACCACUCCCGCAAGAUCCAGCAGGGCAUCUCCGACAUGCGGGACCAGCGCCGGGUGCUGCACGACUACAAGCACAGGCUCUGGGAGGUCACCGUGGAGCCGACCAUCCGCCAGCGCCAGAUGGAAGAGGAGCUCCGCAGCGUUGCCACCUCGCUCGUCGGGGAGGGCCCCGGCCUGCUGGAGAAGGUGAAGAGGAGGCUUACCACCAAGACGGCGCCCAUGGGGCGGGAGGAGCCUGGGAGGAUGUCCCCGCGGCAGUUCUCGGCCGACCUCGGCCUGGAGCUGCUCGAGGCCCACAACCUCCACGUCCUGUUCACGGUCUUCGCGGGCACCUCCAGGAACAUCAGGCGCAGGGAAUGCGGCAAGCUGCUGGCCGCGCUGCUGCCGGGCCGCGAGGUCUCCGCCGCGGACGUCUCCCAGUGGUGG